AUGCUGGCUUUGAAUCCUUGACAUAUACCCAUUGGGAGUUUAUUCUGUGGCUCGUGUCUUUGGCCACUCAAAAUAAGUGUUAGAGUGUGUAUAAAAUUGUUUCGUGCCGCUGUCACCGGCACUUCCGGUACUGAGGGCUUUUCAUGCAACGAUGAUUCAGUGAACCACUCAAAGCGGGUUAACGGCAAUACAUUUUUUUAUUCCGAUGAGACACAACAUGUUGAACUGAGGGGAGCUGCCACCAUUCUUGAUGUUACCUACACUGCAAAGCCCGUCUCCGGCAUUGAGGACACCACCUACAGUCAGGCGAUCUCUGACCUCCAACUGGAGCUGCGCCAGUGCCGGAGACAGGCGGAGGGCCUGGUAGGGCGCAUCUGCCGGGCAGAGAAGCAACGCGCUGUGCUGGAUACCUUUGCAAACAACCUGACUCGGCGUGGACAGACAUCGGGCCUCGAGGAGGGACUUAGUGCCUUGCUGGGCUUCGUCGGGGGCCCCAAUGCCGCCGGGCCUACCGGCGUUGGCUGUGGCCAGCAGCUAGCCUUGCCGGCCGGCCCGCACGGACAAAUGAUGAUGAUGAUUCCACCACCGGCGCCCGGAGUCAAGACAGGUUGCCCUGGCCAAUCGACAAACACAGUCUCAGAAGCCCGAGUAUCCAGCGACGUAAUCAAAACAAUU